GUUUGUUGUUGUCCCGCAAGGCGCUUUCUGGGAUACGUCACAUGACCAAAAUGGCGGCAUCUUCAACUGCAGAAGUUGCAGGGGACAUGGCUGGAGACUCGCACGUAGAGUACGCCGUUCAGCACUUCGGAUUCACGCCGCAGUCCUUCGCCGAUGGAGUGUUUAAUGUGAUGGUAGACAACCUGUAUGACACCUUGGAUGCUGCAGAGCAGUACUUGAUGUCAAAGUACAGGGAUGUCCCAAAAGAAGAAGUCAAAGCUGGUACACAAGAAAUCAUCCUGAAAUUUCUUCAGGCAUUCAAGAAAGCUUUUGACAAAUUGGAGUUAUACCUUCUGUCCAACCUGUUCCGCCUACCUGAUCAUGUGCUGUUACCUGAGGACAAGGUCCAGAUGGAACAGUACACUCCGGAGGAAGAGGCACAGCUAGAUGAGGAACUGGAUGUUCUCAGGCAGAAAAUAAGAAACGCGGUGUAUGUGAACACCUGUCUGAAGCAGGAGCUGGAGGAUCUUGGGAAGGUUCAGCUGCAGAUGGAGCGGCUGCUGGUGCAGGUGGCUGAGAUCGAGAGGACCUGCAGUGAUGCUGGAGUGCAUGAACUGAAAGAGGCUAUAGUGUUCCGGAGCAGUAAAGUGACAGCUUUAGUGGAUGUGGUGAUGUCUGUAAUGGCGCACGGCGGCGACACAGAACAUACGCAGGAACAACUUACAGACCUGGAGAGAAAAAUAACCAGGAUUUCCUGAACCAAAAUCACAAAAAGGGGAAAUUCCAUAUCCAGUAUCUCAACUGUUCCAUCUCAUCUGUUGAAUGAACUAAGACAAACUACAUUCUAAGGUUCUCAUGGAAGCUCAUCUGUGUUGGUAGUUGUCAUAGUACAAUGCUAAACUUUCUUCCAACGCAAAGGUAUACACAGAUCAUCAGUAUUGAUCCUGAAGAAAUCAACAGUGCUUGUUGAAACUUUGAUCCAUGUAUAGCUUUGUAUUGGAAGAAAGUUAAGCUUUGUACUAUAAGGUUUUAAGGUAUUUCUUGGCAUAAGCUUGAAUGUUCAAGUUAGUUGUACAGAGGAAUUAUGUAAGGCUUGUUUGAGAAUAAACAAAUCCAUGCAUCCAACACAGGAAUCACCGAAAACAGCUGCACAAACCUGCAGAUGCAGAUGGUAUUCCAAGCCCUGAUAUUAGAUACAUGUAUUAGUGCCCUUUUUUAUACUAUGGAUGUUCAGCUAUACGUAACAUUGAGUACAAAGGUUUAGGUACAGGUCCAGACCUGAACCUGUAGAUGAAUUAUUUGUAUUUCCCAAAGUCACCUGUAUCACCUGUGGACAGAAAAUAUAAACAUGAAAAUGCUUAUUUAGACUUUCCUGUUAUCUCGUGAUCCCAUGCUUUUGAGGGGAUAUCAAGUCAAAAAUGGUGUUUCUUUCAAUUGUUUUCAAUAUGUUUAUCUUUUUCCAGUGCCAGAUUUCAUCUUUGUUGUAGGAAUAAUAUGUUUUAGUAACAUAAAGUAAUACACUUGAGUGUAUGUCUAUUCAGGUAUAGUAACAUUACAUUGAUGUUUCUGUACCUUUUAGUUUUACCUGUACUUAAAUGAUUUUUGCACAACUGUAUCUGUAUAGCACCGCUACACAUUUCUAUUUCAUACACAACAUGUAAGUCAUGUACCUUGUAUGUAUAUACAUACUGCAGGAUAUAGGAUAGAAAAGAAGUCAAUUAAGUCAUGUUUUAUACUUAGUGAGUGUAGGAUACAGGCAUUUUGUAUUAGUUUGCUAUUUAAUACAAGCCUGAGAUUUGAAUGGGGGGGCAUUUAUGAUGGUAAAAGAUGUACUUAAAUGCUUUUAAAACAUUGUAAGAAAAAUGGUAUGUUUCUACCAUGUCUAGUUUUACUUCUUAAUUUUGAAUUUUUCUAUUAAAGAUCUGUGGGCUGUAUAUAGGAAGGAGCAAGACUGGUCAUAAUUAAUUCGAAUAGGCAUCGUGAGUUUUGAACAUUUUUGUGAAGGAUUAAUUUCGUAAAAACGCUGCAAAAAGGAACAUGUAUUUAUUCAUUCAUUUUUAGACUGGUUGGCCUUUUCAGUCAGGCGCAGACUUAAUUUUUCCAAAGCUCAUCAAUUCUUGCUUUAAUGUUCAGAGUAUGUGCCAUCUCCCAAAUCAAGCCAGUGUGGCCUAACGGGUUAUGAAACUUUAAUUUUAAGCUUGGAUGCUUUAAAUAGUUAUAUAAUGCCUAUAGAUACCCCCUACCUGGUCUGAUUCAAAAUGUCAGGCUACUCGUCGUUUUGUACUUCCAAUUCAAUUGUAUGGUUCUCGAAUUUGUGACAAUAUUGGAGUGACCAAAGAAACAUCCAUUCAGUAAUAGACCCAAAAACUAUCACUGGAACCCAAAAGUCAACAAACUAGAUUGAAUACUUUGUACAUAUCGAGCAAUGGAAUUUGAACGUUAAAUGCACCAAUAAACGUAACAACAA